AUGUGGUUAUUUGAAUGGUUCCAAGACGUCUUGUCCACUUUAGGAUUAUGGAAUAAGCAUGCCAAGUUGUUGUUCCUCGGUUUGGACAAUGCUGGUAAGACCACCCUUUUGCACAUGUUGAAGAACGACAGGUUGGCCACCUUACAACCAACCUUGCACCCUACCUCGGAAGAAUUGUCCAUUGGAACCGUCAAGUUCACCACCUUCGACUUGGGUGGCCAUCAACAGGCCCGUCGUUUGUGGAAGGACUACUUCCCUGAAGUCAACGGAAUUGUGUUCUUGGUCGACUCAGCUGACCCCGAACGUUUCGCGGAAUCCAAGGCCGAAUUGGAGUCUCUCUUCAAGAUCGAAGAGUUGAGCAAGGUCCCCUUCUUGAUCUUGGGUAACAAGAUCGACGCUCCAUCUGCCGUUGGUGAGAUGGAGUUGAAGUCCGCUUUGGGCUUGUACAACACCACCGGUAAGGAUACCGGUAAGUUGGCUGAAGGUAACAGACCUAUUGAAGUCUUCAUGGUCUCUGUUGUCAUGAGAUCCGGUUACGGAGAGGGUUUCAAGUGGUUGUCCCAAUACAUUUAG